CAUGAAUCCAAAAUGGCGGAACGAAUGCUAAGUUGAUAAUGCGUGAGAUUUCUUGAUAAAUCUCCAAAUCAACGACUUGAAUUGAUUCAAAAUGAAAGUAUUUAGGCUAAAUUUUGGUAGAUUAUGCUCUUGCUUUGUAUUUAUCCUUAACUUGAUUAAGAAAAUCUUUGGAAGAGGGCGAGAGAGGAAAACUAGUCAAUCGGGCCUUCCUUCGAGCGCCUCGCUUCCUACAGAGAGCAUGAGUGAUAAGUGGGAGGACUGGGGAGAUGAAUUCAGCAUCAAGAUUGAACCCACCUCCCCUCCCCCUGACAGUGCGCAGCAUGCUGAGACAGACGAACAGGACCUCUUUAAAGAUAUGACACCAGUAUUCCAGAAACCAAAAAAGAUUGCUGUAAAGAAAACAAAGUCAAACCCAAACCAACAUAUGAAGCAAGUAACCAACAGACUGAACUUUGAUAUGACCUACCCUCCCCCCCAGGCUGACUUAGGCUCAUGGGAAGAUGGCGAUGAUAGUGGCGGAUGGGAUGCAGAGGGCAUGUCUGAGCAGGAGCUGGAUAUACAAGCUGACAAAGUCAUACGAGAGCAAAAACAAGCGGAAAGGGAAAGGAGAGCAAUGGAACAACAGAGGAAGAAGGAGGAGCGAGAAGCACUCAGGCAGGGCAAGAAGAUGCAGCAUCUAGGUACCAAGCUUCAUUGAUGGAUUCAUCUUUACAUCAUCUAUAGACCAAGCUACAUUGAUGGAUUCAUCUUUACAUUAUCUAUAGACCAUGCUACAUUGAUGGAUUCAUCUUUACAUCAUCUAUAGACCAUGCUACAUUGAUGGAUUCAUCUUUACAUUAUCUAUAGACCAUGCUACAUUGAUGGAUUCAUCUUUACAUCAUCUAGGGACCAAGCUAUAUUGAUGGAUUUCUUUUAAAAUCAUCAUGGACCAAGCUAUAAUAUUGAUGGAUUCAUCUUCACAUCAUCUAUAGACCAUGCUACAUUGACGGAUCCAUCUUAACAUCAUCUAUAGACCAUGCUACAUUGAUGGAUUCAUCUUUACAUCAUCUAUAGACCAAGCUACAUUGAUGGAUUCAUCUUAACAUCAUCAUGGACCAAGCUACAUUGAUGGAUUCAUCUUAACAUCAUCUAUAGACCGUGCUACAUUGAUGGAUUCAUCUUAACAUCAUCUAUAGACCAAGCUACAUUGAUGGAUUUAUCUUAACAUCAUCUAUAGACCAUGCUACAUUGUUGAAUUCAUCUUAACAUCAUCUAUAGACCAUGCUACAUUGAUGAAUUCAUCUUCACAUCAUCUAUACACCGUGCUACAUUGAUGGAUUCAUCUUAACAUCAUCUAUAGACCAAGCUACAUUGAUGGAUUUAUCUUAACAUCAUCUAUAGACCAUGCUACAUUGAUGAAUUCAUCUUCACAUCAUCUAUAGACCGUGCUACAUUGAUGGAUUCAUCUUAACAUCAUCUAUAGACCAAGCUACAUUGAUGGAUUUAUCUUAACAUCAUCUAUAGACCAUGCUACAUUGUUGAAUUCAUCUUAACAUCAUCUAUAGACCAUGCUACAUUGAUGAAUUCAUCUUCACAUCAUCACCGUGCUACAUUGAUGGAUUCAUCUUUACAUUAUCUUUAGACCAAGCUACAUUGAUGGAUUCAUCUUAACAUCAUCUAUAGACCAUGCUACAUUGAUGAAUUCAUCUUAACAUCAUCUAUAGACCAUGCUACAUUGAUGAAUUCAUCUUCACAUCAUCUAUAGACCGUGCUACAUUGAUGGAUUCAUCUUAACAUCCUCUAUAGACCAAGCUAUGAUGGAUUCAUCUUAACAUCAUCUAUAGACCAUGCUACAUUGAUGAAUUCAUCUUCACAUCAUCUAUAGACCAUGCUACAUUGAUGAAUUCAUCUUCACAUCAUCUAUAGACCGUGCUACAUUGAUGGAUUCAUCUUAACAUCAUCUAUAGACCAAGCUACAUUGAUGGAUUUAUCUUAACAUCAUCUAUAGACCAUGCUACAUUGUUGAAUUCAUCUUAACAUCAUCUAUAGACCAUGCUACAUUGAUGAAUUCAUCUUCACAUCAUCUAUAGACCGUGCUACAUUAAUGGAUUCAUCUUUACAUUAUCUUUAGACCAAGCUACAUUGAUGGAUUCAUCUUAACAUCAUCUAUAGACCAUGCUACAUUGAUGAAUUCAUCUUAACAUCAUCUAUAGACCAUGCUACAUUGAUGAAUUCAUCUUCACAUCAUCUAUAGACCGUGCUACAUUGAUGGAUUCAUCUUAACAUCCUCUAUAGACCAAGCUACAUUGAUGGAUUCAUCUUAACAUCAUCUAUAGACCAUGCUACAUUGAUGAAUUCAUCUUCACAUCAUCUAUAGACCGUGCUACAUUGAUGGAUUCAUCUUAACAUCAUCUAUAGACCAAGCUACAUUGAUGGAUUUAUCUUAACAUCAUCUAUAGACCAUGCUACAUUGUUGAAUUCAUCUUAACAUCAUCUAUAGACCAUGCUACAUUGAUGAAUUCAUCUUCACAUCAUCUAUAGGCCGUGCUACAUUGAUGGAUUCAUCUUAACAUCAUCUAUAGACCAAGCAAUAUUUUUGUUGGUUUGAUAUGGGAAAAAAGGGAAUCAGACAAUAGGCUCCGCAAAAAAGAAAGAAGGAAUCUGGUAGGUAGAGACGAAUUGGGAUCCAGUUAGAACUAGUACAGAAUGUAUGGGACUCGAACCUGUGUCUGGACCGAUUCAACUGUAAAAAGCUCCUUUUUUAUAUCAUGAAAAAGCAAGUGCAUGGAUAAUAAUAACAAGCUAUUAUUUA